GGCUCAGUGACGGGCUGAUCACCAUGGCGGCGGCUGGGAGCGGCAUGGAGCAGAAACGUGAAGGGACUCAGAAGAAAAGAAGGGGCCCGGGACUCAUCGCCACCGCUUAUAUGGUCGUUUAUAACGUGGUGAUGACGGCUGGAUGGCUUGUCAUCGCAGUGGGUCUGAUUCGAGCUGGCUUGGCAAGGGGCACAUACCACGGCCUCUAUUAUUCCAUUGAGAAACCAUUGAAGUUCUUCCAGACGGGGGCAUUGCUGGAGAUCCUUCAUUGUGCUGUAGGAAUCGUUCCAUCUUCUGUGGUCCUGACUGGGUUCCAGGUGAUGUCACGGGUGUUCUUGACCUGGGCAGUUACACACAGUGUGAAACAGGUACAGAGUGAGGACAGCGUGCUCUUGUUCGUGGCUGCGUGGACACUCACUGAGAUUGUGCGUUAUUCCUUCUACACCUUCAGCCUCCUGAACCACCUGCCCUAUGCGAUCAAAUGGGCCAGGUACACGCUAUUUAUCGUACUGUAUCCAAUGGGAGUUACGGGAGAACUGCUGACUAUAUAUGCAGCUCUGCCUCACGUUCGAAGGACUGGCUUGUAUUCUGUGACCCUGCCGAACAAAUACAACAUUUCCUUUGAUUAUUACACGGUCCUGAUUCUGGUCAUGAUUUCCUACAUUCCACUUUUUCCACAGCUCUAUUUCCACAUGCUUCGCCAGAGGAGGAAGGUCCUGAGCACCACAGAAGAGAGCAAAAAGAUCGAGUAGCCACAGCCCCUUCAUUGUGGGGGGAGGGGGAGUUUUGGGGAAGGGCACCUUGCCUCAAAUAGAGACUGGUUCUCCCUUUCUGCUGGAUUGUCAUGUUACCUUCUGAUUAACUCAGCUAACACAAUUGGCAUGGUUUUAACUGGACACCUUUGUGACUAAGUGCUUGACUCUCAAAGCAUCGAGAGUAUGUUAACCAACUGAAACUGGAUCCUCCAAAACCUGAAUUUAUGCAGUACUCCUGGUGUGUUCAGAGGGGGAGAGGGGUGACAUAAAGGGGAAAAUUCUAAAUUCCUAAAAAAUCAUUGUCAUAAAGGGUCUUGAGGAACGAUGUCCAAACAGACUUGUGAAUCUUGCAUCAUCAAUUGCGCUACUUCCCAGUUUGUGCUCCACCAAAUGGCAAAGUCCCUUGAUUCCCAGUACCAGAAGCAGGAGGGAGUCUACCUCUACGUGUUUCGCCAUAAGCAGAGAUUUAGUAACAGCUCAUGAGACCUGUUAAAAGUCUUGCGUGUUCAAAAGGCUAGAUCCUUUGUUGAAGAUCGGCACUGAGGUUAGCCAAUGGUCAUUCAUCUUCAGUCAACAGCACUCCCUUCAGUGCGUCACUGCCCUUUGUGGGAAUCCUGGCAGGGAAGGCCAUGUACUGGGACUGGAACCCAGAAAGGGAAGUAGAUACCCUUGAAAAGUUGUUGAGAUGAUGUAUAGGUAUGACUGUCCUGCAGAAUCAAUGUUCAGCUGCUUUAACAAGUAGCUGGCUUUGCCUGGUUUAGUAGCUAAGACUCUUCACACUGUCAGACUGGUCCUUGGUUUGAGGCUGGUGCAGGGUUGGUAGAUGCAUUUCUGCAGGUGUCAUCACAUUGUGUUGUUGCCAACUGCCUUUCCCCCACACUUCCUCGUUUCUCCCCCCCACAUCGGCUUCCCGACACACCUAUAGUUGUGACACACUGCCUUCCCAGAACCAAUCGGGAAGCAAAUAGACCCUCCAUUCCUUGAUUGGAUGAUUCUUGACUGUUAAUCAAAAUCAGCCUUUUUACCACAUGAUGUCUGGUUAUUUUUGUAAACAAAUGAACCAAAACCUUCAAAGAAAAUUGAAAAGUAAACAAUUUUUUUUAACGCUCCUUAUGAUUUUGCUCCUGGGUUUUUCAUUCACCAUUGUCCCGGAGGAUUAAUCUUUCAUUCCUGGCGGUUGGGAACUCUAAACUAGCAAUGCUGCUGAUACCACUGGCUGUUUUAUUCAUUGACAAACCUUCAUGGGAACCAUGGUUAGGGUCUAUACUGCCUGACCUGUUUUUCUUUCCCUCCACCUGCCGCUCCCCCCCCCACCUCAAAAUCUCUCACCCAACAACUAUAUUUUGAAAAUAAGACUUCUGUUUACCAUUUUUGUUAUUACGUUAAAAGGUGAAGGUCGCUCCUCGAUGCGAACAGUUUGUGUGGUGCAACACAUCUUUAGAGCUCAACUGAAAUGGUGAUUGCAGCUUUUCAGCAAAGUUGGCCAUUCCAAACUCAAACAAUCAGUUUGUAAUAAAACUGGACAAAUUAAUAAUUCCUCCCUCUUUUUUUUUUAACGGAGCGGUGUGGCCUCUAACUCAAUCACGUAAUGUUUAAAAAAAAAAUUAAAGAAAAGUCUUUUUAAUGGAAGAUUUAAGAGUAUGUCCGGCUCAGCCUGUGUGCAUCAACAGAUCUUAAUAUGUUCUUUUGUAUAUUUGGGUUGCUCUUUGUAAUUAAGGAUUUAAAGAUGUAGCGUUCUCAAGUUUGCACUUUUUUGCAUGAGAACAUUUGUAAUGAAACUUUCCUAAAUGUCUCUUGGCCAAUGUGUAGAUAGCCAGAGGAAGUAACAGAUUACUGUGACACUAUUGCUUGUUAUCUUGUUUGCGAAUUUGUCCGUCGUCUCAAAUAGGAAACAAGCAUGGUUUCUACUAACAAAUGAUUUGUCUCUUAAACUGCACAGUUCCUACCGAUCACCGGAAUUUGUUACGUAGGAAAGGCACCAGGCUGUGUUGACGCAGGUCUGUCUGGGCCUAGAGGUUUUUGCUUUAACCUGUUUAAAUUGUCUAGAAAUGCUCUUGCGUUUGCACGGUCAUCCUCGGCAUAGAUCAACCUCAAAGAUGUUUCUGCCCGUGUUAAUAAACUCUUGUGAAUCCGCA